AAAGACAUGCUCUCACACUGUCCCAACUCCCAAAAUUCCAAAAUCCACCAACCGCCAUCUUACAGAUCGUCUCUCUUCUUCUCUCUCUCACAUCGAGUCAGUGUGCAAUAAUUUCUGUAAAAUCCCCAAAAACCCAGGUCCAAACCCCAAUAUUUACUCUCUCAAUCACCCACUGUGAUUUCACAUCUUCACUGAUUUAUUAAUUUUUGGUUUGGGCUUCUUUGCUUUGUUGGGAAAAAUUGCAUUGAAAUGAAAUGAACAGGGGGGAACACCGAGUUUGAAAUCUUCGACUCCGUACCUGCGUAGAAAGUGGAAGAGAAAGAGACGGCGGCGCGUGCGAGCUAUUGCCAUGGCAAAGCGCGUUUAUGAAGUCUGGAAAGGAAGUAAUAAGUUCAUCCUUAGUGGGAGGUUGAUAUUUGGACCUGAUGCUCGGUCAGUGCUUUUCACAUUAUUGCUGAUCAUUGUUCCAGUUGUGAUCUUUUGUGUUUUUGUUGUGAGGCAUCUUCUUCAUCAAUUUUCACCACACAAUGCUGGGUAUGCAAUUCUGGUGGUGGCAAUUGUCUUCACUAUCUGUGUGUUGGUUCUUCUUUUUCUCACAUCAGCCCGUGACCCCGGUAUUAUCCCUCGUAAUUCACAUCCACCAGAGGAAGAGUUCCGUUAUGAUUCAGUUGAGGUUGGGGGAAGACAGACACCAAGCCUUCAGUUCCCUCGGACAAAGGAAGUUAUGGUGAAUGGCAUACCUGUUCGAGUGAAGUAUUGUGAUACUUGCAUGCUUUAUCGUCCUCCCCGUUGCUCCCACUGUUCCAUUUGUAACAAUUGUGUGGAACGAUUUGAUCAUCAUUGCCCUUGGGUGGGCCAAUGCAUUGGUCUGCGCAACUACCGCUACUUCUUCAUGUUUGUUUCCUCAGCAACUCUUCUUUGUAUCUAUGUGUUUGCCAUGUCGGCCGUGUACAUUAAAAUUUUAAUGGAUGAUUACCAAAGCACUGUCUGGAGAGCAAUGAAAGAAUCACCAGCCUCUGUCAUACUAAUGGCCUAUUGUUUUAUCUCCCUCUGGUUUGUUGGUGGACUAACUGGCUUCCAUUUGUACCUCAUAGGCACAAACCAGACUACAUAUGAAAAUUUCCGGUACAGAGCUGACAACAGGAUUAAUGUGUACAACCUGGGUUGUUUUCAUAAUUUUCUAGAAGUAUUUUGCACAGAGGUAAAGCCGUCAAAGAACAACUUCCGGGCAUUUGUUCAAGAAGAGGCACCAAGGCCCCCUUUGCUCAGCACUCGGAAAGCAGAACCUGAAGAUGUAGAUGGGAAUCCACGAGCAAAGGUUGAGGAUGAUCUAGAGAUUGGUGAAGAUCUGUUAAAAAUUUCUCAACGUCGUAAUAUUGAAGCAAUUGAAGAAGACAUACGCAGCAGGGGAAGUAAUGGGCCUCCUCAUAAUACCACAGAGCUGGAUUCAGUUCUUAGUUUAGAUCAUCCAGCUCCUACAAUUCGGUCAGACACAAGACAUUCCAGUUGGGGAAGGAGAAGUGGGAGCUGGGAAAUUGCACCAGAGGUCCUUGCCAAUUCGAAUGUCACUGAAAGCAAGAGCUGCAUCACAUCAAAUGACCAUGCCAAUGAUGAUAGGUAGUUUGUUUAACUGCUGAUAUUACCCUGCGCAUCUACGUUGAUAACUGUGAAUUUGUUUGGAUGCCCUCACCUUUGCUUGAUUAGACAUUGCAGCAUCUGAUGGGGCCAAAAAAAAAAUUGUUCCUAUUGUAGGCAUGAGGGCUUAUGUUAUCCAUUUGCUUGGAGUACAGUGGAUAGGAAUGUGUUUGUAAUUGUUCUUGAGAAGUAAAGAGGAUACUGUUUUUUUCUUGGGCCUCUAAAUUCUUAAAACAUAUAUUACCUUGGAUUGAAUCUGUAGUGCUGGCUUUAUUCUUUUGUGUAAAUAAUUGCUUUCAAGACUAUGAAUCAGAUUUGUGCUCA